GCGGCGGAGCAGCAGUGUUAUUGUGGAGCUUUGAGGAGGAGGAGGAACAUCUGUGAUUAUGACAGAGAACCAUGAAGAGAAAUGGAAACAUCGCGGGCUGAGAUCACCGACUGCAGCCACACGGAUUUAAACUGGAUGCAACAACCCUUCGGCUGCAUGAUUUCCGGGCAUUUCUCCGGCGACGGAUUGUUUUGUUCUCGGACUAAAUGAAGAGAAGGGGGCCUGAAAUUAUACAGACGUUGGGGGAAGUUGGGCUAGCUGGAAAAAAGCCGAAAUAGCGCUGCUCUAAGUCUUUUAGAUACAUUUCAGAAGCACAUUUGAACUCAUUAAGUUUCUUAUCCUGAAGCCGUCUUUAUGUAAAUUUAAUUUUGAUUUGAGAGCUGCUGUGGCAGAGCUAGGCUAGCUCGCUAGCUCCCACGCAGAGCUAGCUUCUUGUUGCUAAGAAAGCGUCUCUUAAAAUGAAAAAAAGACGACUUGCUUCUGGUCUGAUCGCUUUCAGCCGACAGUGAGAGGCGUUUUAAAACAACGCCUAUGAGCUUUGAAUCGUCACAAAGCUGUGACACGUUUAUUAAAACUGCAGACAUGUUUUUGCUCCUUAUAUAGAGUUUCGGACUGGAUUCACAGAGUAAUUAUCAGUUCCUUCAAUCGGUAUUUAAAGGCAGACUCAGCUUCAGUUUGUGAUUACAUAAUGUCUUAAUCAUUAGUUGUUUGCAUGGGAUUUUUUUUUCUCCCAGUGUGCACUAGUUUAAAUCAAGCUUCACAACAUUGAGCUCAUUUAUGACACCCGCUUUAUUUUAAAGCUGUUGCCAGAAAUAUCGAGCUGUUCAGCGGGUAAAACAGAGCCUACCCCUGCUGGACCCAUAUCCAGGUAGUUCAUGGCAUAACAGACUGUGUUUUGGAUCAAGCCAGGCAGAAGGAAAGAACAUAUAAGGGUGGGAAGUCUGCCUCUUGGGCUUGGAGGUGAAGAUGGGCAGCCAGGGAAGCCCGGUGAAAAGCUACGACUACCUGCUGAAGUUCCUCCUAGUGGGAGACAGCGACGUGGGUAAAGGGGAGAUCCUGGACAGCCUGCAGGAUGGAUCAGCAGAGUCUCCGUAUGCUUACAGCAGCGGUAUCGACUAUAAAACCACCACCAUCCUUUUGGACGGCAGGAGGGUGAAGCUGGAGCUUUGGGACACCUCGGGUCAGGGAAGGUUCUGCACCAUCUUCCGCUCGUAUUCCCGUGGGGCUCAGGGGAUCCUGCUGGUGUAUGACAUCACUAACCGCUGGUCCUUUGAUGGCAUCGACAGGUGGAUCAGGGAAAUCGAUGAGCAUGCUCCAGGCGUGCCUCGGAUCCUCGUCGGCAACCGUCUUCACCUGGCCUUCAAGCGGCAGGUCCCCACCGAGCAGGCGAGGGCGUACGCCGAGAAGAACGGCAUGACCUUCUUUGAAGUGAGCCCCCUGUGCAACUUCAACGUGAUCGAGUCCUUCACGGAGCUGUCGCGCAUCGUCCUGAUGAGGCACGGCAUGGAGAAGUUCUGGAGGCCCAACAGAGUUUUCAGCCUCCAGGACCUCUGCUGCAGAGCCAUCGUGUCCUGCACGCCCGUCCACCUCAUCGACAAGCUCCCGCUGCCCGUCGCCAUUAAGUCUCACCUCAAGUCCUUCUCCAUGGCCAACGGCAUGAACGCCGUCAUGAUGCACGGACGCUCGUACUCGCUGGCCAACCCGGCCGGAGGCUCCAAAGGCAACAGCCUGAAGCGACCCAAGUCCAUCCGCCCCCCGCAGAGCCCGCCGCAGAACUGCACCCGCAACAACUGUAAAAUCUCCUAA